UGAUACACUUCAAGUGAUGAUGGAGAAUAGAACGUUCACCAUUGUCCGGUCUCUUGAAGACACGAUAAAACAGUAUCAAGUUCAUCUGAGAAAGUAUGAAAACGAUGAUAAGUUGGUGAUUCUGCAGGCCGUGGACAAACCAGGAUCAAACCCUGGUGACAAUUAUACGUCAAUGUUGAUCAGAACGAAGCUUAUUGGUACUCGCGGAGAUGGAAGUCCAUAUGCCAAGACAUUUAUGACGAAGAUGAUUAUUGGAGAUAAAAAAAUCUCCACCUUACUGGACCUUUAUGAUUUAUUUCGUAUUGAGGUAAAUGCAUAUACAAAAAUAUUGCCCAUACUUGGGCCUUUUGGUCCGCCAUGUGUAUAUGCUGAGCAGGAUAUUAUAAUAAUGGAAGAUUUGGCAGAAAAAGGAUAUGUCACCUGCGAAAGGCGCAACUUUCUGGGCUUAGAUCAUUCUGUUUUCGUCUUAAAGAGACUUGCCAAGUUACACGCGUCGGGUCUAUCUAUAAAAAUCAAUAAUCCGCGGCAGUUUGACAAGUUGAAUGUGCAUCUGGAAGAAUUAAUAUACAAGGACAAUUCCGAUACAUCGGUAAUAAGGUUGUGUACCGAAAUGUGUGUGAGAUCGAUAGUACAAUAUUUAGAUAUGAUAAAGCCACGAACGCAAGAAUUGCAGACUGUUAGAGAUUAUUUUGCCAGCCUCGAUAAAACUUAUGACAUGUUGCGUCAACUGUUUAUGUCGCCGAAGCAAAAAUACGAUACGAUCUGCCACGGUGAUCUGUGGAUCAAUAAUUUGCUCUUUCUGCAUGACAAUGACGGCAAAAUAAUUGAUCUAAAAAUGAUAGAUUAUCAAAUAAUCAGGUAUACCUCGUUAAGCACGGACAUCCUUUACUUUAUAUAUAGCAGCGUGCAAUCGUCGCUAAUUGAAAAGAGUUUCGAGAGUCUCAUUAAGAUCUAUCAUAAUGAGUUCAUCAAUGAACUCUGUCGAUUGCAUGUAGAUGAGAAGAUUCUAGCGGAGCUCGGAAUCGAGUGGCUGCAGAAGGAGUUGCAAACUUACGCGCUAUUUGGAUUGCUCGUUGGAUGCUUUUUGGCAAAUCCGAUUUUAGCGGAGGAAAAGGACAUUCAGCAAUUUGAAAUGAUUGAUUUCGGCCCGUUGAAUCCUAUGUAUCAAGGCGAUAUCAAUUCAGAGAUGAAUCAGAAGAAAAUCGAUCGCAUCAAAUGUAUCGCAUUUCAUUAUCACAGAAGAUUUAAUUUAGGUAUUAUUAAUGAUGAUAUCGAACCAAUUCCUGUUACGAGAUAG